AUGUGCCUCUUCGUCGGGGGGGUGCCCUUCGAGGACGUGCGGGACAGGAAACGCGACGAGCUGGCUGCCCAGGGGAAGCUGCCGUUCGGCGCCACCCCUGUCAUGGAGGUAGACGGCAAGGUGCUGUCGCAGACCCAGGCCAUGGCCGCUUACAGCAGCAAGCUGGCCGGGCUUCACCCGGCGGACCCGUGGGACUCCGCGAAGGUGGACGAGGCCAUCAAUGGGUGCACCGACGUGACCGUGACGAUCGGGGGCACUUUCCGGCUGCCCGACGACCAGAAGCUCAAGGCGAGGGAGGCCCUCAUCGCCCCGGGCGGCCGGUUAACUGUGCAGCUUGGGGGGAUCGAGAGGCUCCUCGUCGAGAACGGGAGCUGCGGCUUCCUGGUGGGCAAGUCGCUCACGGUGGCCGAUCUGGCACUCUGGCGGCUGGUUGGCUGGCUCAGCGGGGGGAAAAUCGAUGGAAUUCCCAAGGAUUAUGUCUCCAAGACCUUCCCUCAGAUCUCUCUGCUGGUUGAGACAGUGGACUCACACCCAAAGGUGAAGGAGUGGAAGUCUCUGCAUCCCAAGUUCUACCAGUAG